GACUGGACUGAACCGAAUGAUAUGCCAGCUACGAGUUAGGUAUAAAGAAAGAAAGAGUAGUCCUCAGAGGCAGUUAAGUGAGUUGGAGGAUCAACAAAGAAACCUCCUGCUUUUGGAUUUCACGAUCUCUGUGAGUGUGUGUGUGUGAAAUGCAGUCCAAUUGACGGCACCUACAAAACAAGUACAAGGUUAUUAUUAUUACCAAAUUCUCUCAAUUAUUGUACUCUAUCUCUUUUAUUUCACAAACAUUGUUUCAAAUCAAACACUUCCACUCACUCAGAAAGAUUUAGAACACAAUCUAGAAUUUGACAUGGAGGUGGAACACUCUAUAGAAGCUGUUCCUUCACACAAAGACUCCAAAUUGUACGAUGAUGAUGACCGUCUCAAAAGAACAGGAACGGUUUGGACAACAAGUUCGCACAUAAUAACAGCAGUUGUAGGAUCAGGAGUGUUGUCGUUAGCAUGGGCCAUAGCUCAGUUGGGUUGGGUAAUUGGUCCUUCUGUUAUGAUUUUCUUCAGUCUCAUCACUUGGUAUACUUCAUCACUUCUAGCUGAAUGUUAUCGAAUUGGUGAUCCUCAUUACGGAAAGAGGAACUAUACUUUCAUGGAAGCUGUUCACACCAUUCUAGGAGGUUUCAAUGACACCCUUUGUGGGAUAGUUCAGUACACAAAUCUUUACGGAACUGCAAUAGGAUACACAAUUGCGGGUGCCAUUAGCAUGAUGGCAAUAAAAAGGUCUGACUGUUUGCAUUCCUCAGGAGGAAAAGACUCAUGUCACAUUUCAAGCAAUCCAUACAUGAUAGCAUUUGGAGUAAUCCAAAUUUUCUUUUCUCAAAUUCCAGAUUUUGAUAAAAUGUGGUGGCUCUCAAUAGUUGCAGCAAUCAUGUCUUUCACCUAUUCCUUUAUUGGCCUUGGACUAGCAAUUGCCAAAGUUGCAGAAAAUGGUUCCUUCAAGGGUAGCCUCACAGGAGUAAGCAUUGGAACUGUGACAAAAGCCCAAAAAGUAUGGGGAACUUUCCAAGCUCUUGGCAACAUAGCCUUUGCAUAUUCAUAUUCUCAAAUUCUCAUUGAAAUUCAGGACACCAUAAAAAAUCCACCAUCUGAAGUAAAAACAAUGAAGCAAGCCACAAAGAUAAGUAUAGGCGUGACAACUGCAUUUUAUAUGCUUUGUGGCUGCAUGGGUUAUGCAGCAUUUGGAGACACAGCACCAGGGAACUUACUCACUGGAAUUUUUAAUCCAUAUUGGCUCAUUGAUAUUGCUAAUGCUGCUAUCGUAAUUCACCUUGUGGGAGCAUACCAAGUAUACGCGCAACCCUUCUUUGCUUUCGUCGAGAAAAUUGUGAUAAAAAGAUGGCCUAAAAUAAACAAAGAAUACAGAAUUCCAAUUCCUGGUUUUCAUCCUUACAAUCUAAAUCUAUUCAGAUUAAUAUGGAGGACUAUAUUUGUGAUCACAACCACUGUGAUAGCAAUGCUGAUUCCUUUCUUCAAUGAUGUUUUGGGAUUACUUGGAGCAGUAGGGUUUUGGCCUUUAACAGUCUAUUUUCCAGUGGAGAUGUAUAUCAAACAAAAAAAGAUCCCAAAAUGGAGUUAUAAAUGGAUUAGUAUGCAAAUUUUAAGUGUUGUAUGUCUUGUAGUAUCAGUUGUGGCUGUUGUUGGGUCAGUGGCAAGUAUUCAGCUUGAUCUGAAGAAAUACAAACCAUUCACCAUGUAACAUUUGUGGAUGUAAAAAGCAACUUGGGUAGUGAUUUAUGUGGUUUUUGUAUCAUUAUCCAUUGAAUAAACAAUACUACAAUAGUGUUAGUUGAAUAUUAUCCUUUUCCAUAAGAAAGAAUCUUUAAAUUUAGAUGCACCUAAAUAAAUGUAUAUACUUCUCCGUUACUGUGAGUAACAAAUUGAAGGUCUUGCUUUCUUUGGGAGAAAGUGGAUGGGAGCAUAGGAAAGAAACAAUUUUAAUGUAAGUUAUUUGAAUUUAAUUUUUUGAAGCAUGGAGUGGAGCUGAGUAUAGCCAAGAAAGCAUUGUAGAUGUUAUUAUUUUUUGACAAUACAAGUCAUUAUUUA